AUGCCGUCCCAAUUCUUCAAGAACCGCAGGGUGUACCUGCUCACCACCGUGGCCUACAUGGGCAGUCUUUUGUUCGGCUAUGACACUGGAGUAAUGGGCAGUGUCCUAUCACUCAAGGCUUUCAAAAAGGACUUUGGACUUCCGACAGACUCUUCUGGUUUCGCCAACUCCAAGAAUGCGUACGUGUCGUCCAACGUAGUGUCACUCUUGACAGCCGGAUGCUUCUUUGGGGCCAUCGCCGCGGCUUUCCUCAACGAGCGCUUCGGUCGUCGUUAUUCCCUUAUGGGUUUCUCCGUCAUCUUCCUCAUUGGUGCAGCUAUCCAAACGGCAGCCCACCAUGAGAUCGGAAUGAUUUACGGUGGUCGUGUCAUUGCUGGUCUAGGUAUUGGUGGUAUGUCAUCUAUCACACCAGUAUUCGUAUCAGAGAACGCGCCGCCCGCAGUCCGUGGACGUAUUGCCGGGCUGUUCCAGGAGUUCCUCGUCAUUGGAUCAACCUUCGCCUACUGGUUGGAUUACGGUGUGGCCCUCCACAUCCCGGCAUCUACUAAGCAAUGGAGGGUACCGGUGGCCAUUCAGCUUAUCCCGGGCGGCUUCAUGCUUGGACGGCAUAGUGAGGCCGCCGAGUCUCUUGCUCACAUCCGAUGCGAGUCGGUAGACAACCCAGAUGUCGUAACAGAGCUUGCCGAAAUCCGUGCUGCGAUCGAAGAAGAGCUAAACGCCACUGAAGGGGUCACCUGGCGCGAAUGCCUUAUACCAGGAAACCGUUACCGCUUCAUCACCGGCUUCGUGCUGAUGUUCUGGCAACAGUUCAGUGGAACCAACAGCAUCGGUUACUAUGCGCCCCAGAUCUUCCAAACUGUCGGGGUAUCGAAGAAUAACGCAUCCCUUUUCGCCACUGGCGUAUAUGCAACCCACCCACCAGACCCAUCAUCAGGCUCUGUCUCUCAAGCAUCGAUUGCCAUGGUUGCCAUGAUCUAUCUCUAUGUCAUUGGGUACUCUGCGUCUUGGGGUCCCGUACCUUGGGUGUACCUUUCUGAAAUAUUCCCUACACGGCUUCGCGCAUAUGGUGUGGGCAUGGGAGCGGCGACUCAAUGGCUGUUCAAUUUCGUCAUCACAAAGAUCACGCCCGAGGCUAUAAACCACAUCGGGUGGAAAACUUUCUUGAUGUUCGGCAUCUUCUGCUUGUGCAUGGGUAUCUUUGCGUUCUUCUUCAUCAAGGAGACAAAGGGUCGCACGCUUGAGGAUAUGGACGUUUUGUUUGGUGCUGUUUCGGCGGAGCAGCGCGCGCAAGAUGUUGAGAAGAGCAUGGCAGUUGAGAACAAGAAGAUGGAGCUGGAGGAGAGGGAGGAGGCCGGGAAAGCGAGCAAUUGA